AUGCAUAGAAUAUCUUUUGCCAUAUUAAUUUAUUUUAUUAUUUUAACGGUGGAUUCAAUUCCAUCUAUACAUUUACAUUCAAAUUUAAAUAAACAUAAUAAAAUUCAUACACGUUUACAUCGUCGUGAAUUAGUACAAGAAGAAGUACGAAAAACUAUGUUAAAUUAUAUGAUAAGUUUAAAAGGUGAAAUAACUGAUAUUGUUAUUGAAGAAAUGAUUGAUUAUUAUAAUAAUCAACGUAUGAAAUUAUAUUAUUUAGAAAAUGAAUUAUUUAAUAUUAAAAAUUUAUCAUUACCUAUUCAAAAUAUAAGUCAAUUAAUAAAUAAUUUUAUUUUACAUCUAUCAUAUGAACAAAAUUUAUUUGCAUUAAAUAUAACAUUAAUGGAAUAUAAAAUAAAAAAUUUAACAAUUAUUUUAAAUAAUUUAUUAAAUGAUAUACAUCAACAACAAAAACCUAUUCAACAUGUUAGAAGACUUGUUUCAACAAAAAAAGAUUUUCAACAUCAAACACCAAUAGAUUGUGAUGAUGUAUAUAGUCAACAACCAUCACUUGUUCAUGAAGGAAUUUUUCGUAUAAAACCACGUUUUGCAUCUGAAUCUUUUGAUGUUAAAUGUAUAUUUGAAAAUAAUAUAGGAUGGACAGUUAUACAACGAAGAAUAAAUGGAACUAUUGAUUUCUAUCGUGGAUGGAAUGAUUAUAAAAAUGGUUUUGGUGAUUUACGAACAGAAUUUUGGUUAGGAAAUGAAAAAAUUCAUCUAUUAACAAAUCAAGGACGAUAUAUUCUUCGAGUUGAUUUACAACCUUGGGAUUCUCCAAUACGUAUAGCUGAAUAUGGUCAAUUUGCUUUAGAUAAUGAAAGUCAAUAUUAUAAAUUACAAAUAUCACAAUUUCGUUCAAAUAUAUCAACAGCUGGUGAUUCAUUAACAUCAUCAUGGGAUAAUGCUAAUGGAAUACCAUUUUCUACAUAUGAUCAUGAUUUUGAUAAUUUAUUUUAUGAUAAUUGUGCAUUAACUUAUCAUGGUGCAUGGUGGUUUACAAAUUGUUUUCAAUCUCAUCUAAAUGGUGCUUAUAUUCGAUCACCACUUGCUUUACAAAAUACGGCAAGAAAUGGUUUACAUUGGAAUACAUAUGCAUUGUAUCAUUCAAUGAAACAAACAACAAUGCGUAUUCGACGACUAAAUACAUUUUAA